UUUUUAAAAAAUUUUAAAAUAAUUUUUUUCAGCUUUUUUACCUUAUUACCGAUGUCUUUCCUUCUUCCAAUGUUAAAGAUAUGCGUAGAUUUGCUUAUGAAUUAUUCUCUACUUUUCUUAUUCCUGGUGCCCCUUUGCAAUUGCCUAAUAUAUCCCAACAUGAUAUUCAGGCUAUUGACAAAAUCUUAAUAAAAAUGUCUUCAACACCUUCAACCUCUACUCAACAACAAGAUAUUGAACAAUUACGUAAACUUUUUAUACCAACAAGAACUAAAGCUGUUGGACAAAUUAACGAACAAUUAUCCUUAUUCAGACGGAAAAAACAUUUAGAUCCAAAUUUUGUCGAGGAAUAUUCACAACUUGAAUCUUUAGCUCGUGCUGAUCAUUCUGCAGAGUUGCGAUUAUCAGAACGAAUUUUGUUUAGAACACUUUCUCAUUUAAUGCAUCUGGCUAAUCCUAUUGGUCCUCCGGAAUUUGGAAAUUGCGAAAGAAAAACGCUAGCUUUGAUUAUAUCUGUUGCUACACUUAUAAAAGUUGUUAUGGGACUCAGGACUAAUCAUUCAAAUUGGGAGGUAAACAUCAUUCACUUCAAAAUAAUUUUAAAUUAUUAA